CACACUCUUAUCUUUCUCUCUGCAGCUGCCGAAAAGCGGAGGCGCCUCUCUCUCUCUCUCGCUCUCGCUCUGAAGGAAAGAGAAUCAUGACGGACGUGCUGAUGCACGAGAUAGAUGCGACGGCGGCGCGUCUCGGAAUCGAUCUCCCGCCAGACCUCGACUCAAUCCGUCUCCCUCCCGGAGAGAACUGCGGGAUUCUAAGCGACAACGACGACGUCGGCAACGAUGUCGAUUCGGAGAUGGAGUCCGGGUUCGGCAACAUCAUCGUUGUCGAUAACCUGCCGGUGGUGCCGAUAGAGAAGUUCGAGAAGCUGGAGAAUGUGAUACGCAAAAUCUACAGUCAGCUUGGUGUGAUCAGGGAAGAUGGCUUCUUUAUGCCUCUCGAUCCCGAAACGCAGAAAACUAUGGGAUAUUGCUUCAUCGAGUUCAAUACUCCUCAGGAAGCCGAGCUCGCCAAGGAGAAGACGCAUGGAUACAAGCUGGACAGGUCACACAUUUUUGCUGUGAACAUGUUUGACGACUUUGAUAGGUUCAUGAAGGUUCCUGAUCAGUGGGCUCCUCCUGAAAUUAAGCCAUAUACUCCCGGGGAAAAUCUUCAAAAUUGGCUCACUGAUGUAAAAGGACGGGAUCAGUUUGUCAUCCGUGCUGGUAAUGAUACUGAAGUUUAUUGGAAUGAUGCACGACAACUGAAGCCUGAUUUUGUGUACAAGCGUCAAUACUGGACUGAAAGCUUUGUGCAAUGGUCACCCAUGGGGACUUAUUUGGCAACUGUACACAGACAGGGUGCUGCGGUUUGGGGAGGUGCCACCAAUGAGUUCAAACGACUAAUGCGUUAUGCACAUCCACAGGUUAGGCUGAUUGAUUUUUCCCCUGGUGAGAAAUAUUUGGUGACAUACAGCAGCCAUGAAGCAACCAAUCCUCGCGAUACAAAUAGGGUUGUCAUAGACAUUUUUGACGUAAGAACUGGAAAAGUCAUGAGAGAUUUUAAGGGAACUCCUGAUGAUUUUGCAAUUGGAGGAUCUGGAGGUGUUUCAGGCGUGUCCUGGCCUGUGUUCAAAUGGGGUGGAGGAAAAGAUGAUAAGUACUUUGCCAGAAUGGGAAAGAGUGCUAUAUCUGUUUAUGAGACAGAAACGUUUUCACUUGUGGACAAAAAGUCUAUUAAGGUUGAGAAUGUUAUGGACUUCAGUUGGUCGCCAACUGAUUCAAUUCUUGCUCUUUUUGUUCCGGAAUUGGGUGGUGGGAACCAACCUGCUAGGGUAAGUCUUGUUCAAAUACCUAGUAAAGAGGAGUUAAGGCAGAAGAAUCUUUUCAGUGUUAGUGAUUGCAAGAUGUACUGGCAAAGCAAUGGGGAGUAUCUUGCUGUUAAAGUUGAUCGGUAUACAAAAACAAAAAAAAGUACAUACACAGGAUUUGAACUUUUCCGAAUCAAAGAGCGAGACAUCCCCAUUGAAGUUCUAGAGCUUGAGAAUAAAAAUGACAAGAUCAUUGCAUUUGCCUGGGAGCCCAAGGGACAUAGAUUUGCAAUUAUACAUGGUGACACUCCAAGGCCUGAUAUAAGCUUCUACUCGAUGCGUUCCGCUCACAAUACAGGCCGCGUGUCAAAGCUCAUUACUCUCAAAGGCAAGCAGGCGAAUGCUCUUUCCUGGUCACCUUCAGGGCGCUUUAUAAUACUUGCAGGAUUGAAAGGUUUGAAUGGGCAGUUGGAAUUUUACAAUGUGGAUGAGCAAGAAACCAUGGCAACACAAGAGCACUUUAUGGCAACAGAUAUUGAAUGGGAUCCAACUGGAAGAUAUGUUGCUACUGCAGUUACUUCAGUUCAUGAGAUGGAGAAUGGUUACAUCAUAUGGACCUUCAAUGGCAAGCUACUUUAUCGGGUAUUGAAGGAUCAUUUUCUUCAGUUUUUGUGGCGCCCAAGGCCAGCAUCUUUCUUGACUCCCGAGCAAGAAGAGGAGAUCGCAAAGAAUUUGAAGAAGUAUAGCAAAAGGUAUGAGCUUGAGGAUAAUGAUGUGGAAAAACAAUUGAGCGAGCAGGACCGGGCAAAAAGAAGGGAGUUGAAGGAAGAAUGGGAGAAAUGGGUAGCUGAGUGGAAGCAAUUGUACGAAGCAGAAAAACUGGAGAGGCAGAGGCUCAGGGAUGGAGAAGUGAGUGAUGAAGAGGAGGAGUAUGAAGCAAGAGAAGUUGAAGUAGAGGAAGUGAUCAGUACUCAAGAGGAGGUUCUUCUAGAGUGAUACUUUGGAGAUAUCUCAGGCUAUAUGAUUAGAUUACAUCCCUCGACAUUUGAACCUAUUUUCUAUUAUCUUCCUUUGGCAGCAAAUUUUGUGGGAAUUUGAAUUAACCCCUAAUUUUGAUGUUCACUUGUGGUUGUUGUACUCUUGUUCAGCGUUAAUUACAUGUUUUCUUUUUCUUUUUGUUU